AUGACUAAAGCCUUCUUUCAUACCGCUGAAGAGAUAAUAGAGUGCAUGGGUGACGUCAUUGAUGAGGGUGCAUGGGGUGCUGAGCGCCUUCUUAAGAAUCAUCCUAGCAGGGCUGUUCGGGAAAUUAAACUCAAAAGCAUGGACUCUUGUCUUCGAGAAGCUGUUGAAGCAGAGUUGGCAAUCCUCCCCCUCCUGAACCAUCCACACAUUCAGACGUGUGAUCAAGUACUUUUGAGCGGAGAGUUCGCGUAUGCAAUUGUUAAGCAUAGACCGAAGACACUUGCCACUUUAAUUACCAAGUAUCGGGCAGAAAACCGUUUCAUUCCCGUAGAGACAAUGUUCUUUGCUGCCAACCAGAUUGCAGCGGGCCUUGCAUAUCUACAUGCAGAGAAAGCCGAUAGGAGCACAACACCCGUUCCAGCUAUCCUUCAUAGGUCCAUAAGGCCUGCAUCCAUUCUGGUCAGUGAAGAAGAGACGCAGUUUGCUGUCGCCGGUUUUGGACGUCAUCGCGAAGCUCCUCUGGGAGCUCUGAGCCCAUAUGAAGCUCCCGAAGUGGCAUCCGGUGGGGAGCAUAACAAGAACUCAGAUGUUUGGAGCGUCGGCGCUGUUAUUCUUGAACUUAUCACCCUGAAGCAACCUGGGGUCUACGAGCAUGAGCCUAUCCUCGAAGGGUUGCCACAGAGAGCCCAAAACUUGGCUAGACUUGUAUGUUACCGCGUCCUUCGGCAAAAUCCUGAAGAACGUGCAACAGCUGAUGAACUCGCAGAUGCGGUCCAAGCACUGAUGGACGCAGAGAACGUGUCUAGAGCACUAGGGUAUUGUAGGAACGUAGCUGCUAGAGAUAAGGUGCACAUGGCUCGCUAUCUUGAGUUUCUAGAUAAUCAAAAGUAUCUGCAAGCAUCCUUAGCGGAAGUGCAAACAAUGAGCAUGCGGCAUGCAAGUCAGAUAGAAGCCCUUGAAAGAAACUGCAACGCCCAGGCCGCGCAAAUACAGUCUCUUGAAGCAGAGUCUGCAGCUUUAAAGGCCACUGUUGAGCGCUUAGGCUUCUCUGCCGGGCUACUGGCUGCUGUGCGUAACAAUGAUCUUGACGCAAUUCGAAUAUUUGUUGAUAAAAGACUCGGUAUUAGAAAGCAUGAUAGUAAUGGCACAACAGCACUUAUGGUUGCUGCCGAGCGAGGUAGCACAGAGGCUGUUGAACUAUUAGUAGCUAAAGAGAGGCGUCUCUUGGACAAUAAUGGUCGGACGGCCCUCAUGUAUGCUUCUGUUGGGGGGCAUCUUCCAGUUGUUGAACUACUUUUACAGCAUGAGAAAGGUAUCAAGGAUAAAGAUGGCCAUACUGCACUCACGCUGGCCCUCGACAAUAACCAUCUUGACAUUGUUCGGCUUCUCCUCAAGCACGAGAAGGAUGUAGCGAGAUGGUCACCGCUUAUCUGCGCCGCUGCUACGGGCAACCUCGAAGCGGCCAAAAACUACCUUGGCACUAGGACCAAACGGGACAGCUGCGGAAACACGGCUGUCCUCAUUGCCGCAAAGGUCGGAGAUGAGAACAUGGUUGAGCUCAUCGACCCCACAGACAACUCCGGGAUCACUGCCCUUAUGCGGGCCGCAGCCUCUGGAGAAACCCAACUUGUGAAAGCCCUCGUCCCCAUCCAAGCAAAGCGGCAAACUAGUGCAUUACGUUAUCACGAGGUCGGAGCGAAAAGCUGCAAAUUCAAUUCAGGCUCUACAGCGCUUAUGUUCGCUGCAAGGUUCGGUCAGGAAGAAGCCGCACGCAUACUUGUAGGAAGUGAGCUAAACAUGACUGACAACUGGCAUACCACUGCACUCAUGCACGCUUCUGUUGAUGGCCGGUCUUGCGUUGUGCCGCUCUUGCUGCAGGAAGCAGGGAUGCAGAGCAGUGACGGCUAUACUGCUCUCAUGAUUGCUUCUGAGCGGGGCCACUCUGAGGUUGCUACCCUCCUGCAUCACAAGGAAGCACGAAUGCAGAAUGAGGAACUAUGGACUGCCCUCAUGAUUGGCGCAGUCCAUGGCUACAAUUCAAUCACUUAUCUUUUGGCAGAACACGAGGCCCGCAUGCAAGACAAGAAUGGGACAACGGCCUUAAUGAAGGCAGCAGCGACCGGGCAUCCCGAAAUUGUGAUUUCUCUGCGCGACAAAGAGGUAGGAUUUCAGGACAAGUGGGGCUGGUCAGCUCUCAUGUGGGCAGCGUGUGCCGGUGACGCUGACACCACUAAGCUACUUGCUGACCACGAGAAGGGCUUGAGGGCUACGCAGAAGAGAGAGGAGUAUCCACCGGGUAUCACUGCCCUUGGUGUGGCGAGGAUGAAGAUCUAUUCUAAGGUCGACUACCAGGUCGUCAUAGAUAUCCUGUCCCAAUAUCCUGAAGAGGAGUACUUACCUAAGCCUAUAUCUAAUGGAUAA